AGCUCCUGGUUGGCAAUGUGUAGUGCACCAGGGGCGAGCAGAACGAACGGAUACAGAUUGAUCUGUGUUUCGAGAGCAAGCGCCAAAAAGCUAAGUAACCGCUGACGGCGUGACAGCCCGUAGAAGAAUGCGGCCAGCAGGAAAUUGCUCCACACGGUCGUCGUCUGUCCAACGCAGUUCAGGAUGGUGUAGGGAUUGAACAGGAGAAGGAUGCCGGUCGCUACGUCGAGCAGGAUGAACAGGGACGGUAUGGCACUGGGGACGUUAUCGAGCAGCCAGCGGGAGGCAUGCAGUAUGAGCGGGUUUUUGUGGUACACGUCGCCAUCGUACGGAUUCACUCCGUUCGCGUACAGAUAGGCACCUUCCUCGACUGGGGAGCGGAUGCGGAAAGUGAUGAAAGUUGCUCCGGCUGUGUUGCGUUCGUUUUGCCCGGAUCGCUAGCUCACCCAAGACACACAUACACCAGCCAAGCCGCCAAGAUGCGUAUGGCCAGCGUAUUGCUGCGUACACGCAAACCACAGAACGAAGCGAACGUCCCGUUUCAGGAGGUGCUGCCGCUGAAGCUGAAAAACCAUGUGAGUGGCAAAACGGACAAAACGAGCGAUGUCGCCUGCCUGCAGGAGAUGGCGGUGAUGUUUUCCUGCCUGAAGACGAACGACUUCAACGAGAGCCUGUGCGCGAAGGAGGUGGGCAACUUCCAGCGGUGCUACAAAGUGUACCUCGACAAGAAAACGGCCAAAAAGGAAACGUCCAGCAAGGGUGUGCUGGUGGCGGGGAAGGACCUCAACUACAAGCAGCUAAACAAGGUGCUGAAAAAGUAUCCCACAUCGGCGCAGAAUUAGCAAGUUGGUAGUGGUGUGUUGGUGGAUAGAGGAGCAUUUGUUUAUUGUUUGGAAAGUUCCGUUUUAAGCAUCCGGUAGUGUAAUAAAACACAUUUAAAAGGA